UUGACAUCAAGGUAUGACAAAAAACUUACAGUAUAAAAUUUAGUAGCAGUAUUUGAAUUAGUAUUUGUGACCCGUAGCUUCAUAGAUUAUGUACUAUCGAACCAAGUAUUUCUUGCGGAAGUGGCUUAUUGUUUCUGUACCAACCAAAGGACAUCACCAGCGAAUGCGCUUUUUCGAGGCACCUACGCUUUGAUAUAUCUUUUGGCAUGGGCAUGUCAGAUACAAUUACAUUGAUAUUUCGUACCCUUAGAGAUAUAGAGUACGAGUGUCUAGUUGAAGUUGUAACAUCGGGUCAGCAGUUCAUGUUAGUUGUAGUACGGUACCCUAAUGCACUCAGCGCCAAUUGCGAAGUGAAUAGAGACGCAUUUACGGUACUUAAACGUAGGCGAUGCGUAAGGCUUUGCGAUCUAUUAUACAGAGAGGUCUAUUCGAAUUACUUUAUAUUCUCAGUCAAGGACCGUCUCAGAUUCCUUUUCAAAAGCAACAGCAGUAUUAACACAGAUAUAAAUGCAAAUUUCUAUCAAGUAACCAUAACAUCGGCCCGGAUGGCACCGGUUACUGGAUGCAAUAAAAGAAACGAGACAAUUUGCAAUGUAGAGGAUGAAAACUUUUGUUUUACCACCGGAGUUGUUUGCGAUGGCAUCAAAAAUUGCGGAGUGGAUGACUGGUUCGACGAGAGAAAGUCUCUGUGUUCCUUACCAGUAGACAGGCUGGGUUAUGCACCGGUGAUAGCUGUAAUGGCAGCAUUGAUUUGUGGUAUAGUAGCCGGUGGACAUGUCCUAUUACGCUGUCUCCCAAGUUACGAAAAAUCUUACUUCAUAUUCAAUGAAAAUGAAGACAACCGACUCUGUAUAGAUCCGCUUUUAAUACCGCAUGGAAUCGGGGUCGAUAUCGAAUGUGUGAAACGCUCCUCGAUCAUACCGGUAUCAAGCUCAUCCACGCAGAAUGACAGUAUAACUAAUGACGAGAUUAUAAAGUCUAGUGAAGGUCAAGAUAAGACUCGUGGAAAGGGAAUAAAUUUUGAGAAAGACACUUCAUCACAAAGUCCCCUGGGCAGUCCUGUGAGAAAACCAAAGAAUAAAAAAAGUGCGACUCAAAGGUUCCAUGAUAAAAUAAGAUCCGUAACGAAGUAUGCAUUAAAUGCUGGAGGCAAGAAACGUGGUGGUAGUGAAACAAAUGUAUAAAUUCAGUUAAUGUUAUAACAUACAUCAGACAUUCGAGGCAAAGCAAAUUAUUAUAAAAAGACAAUAAAUUUGGUAUGAAAAAACUGUGACUGAAUUUAUUUAAAUUUAAUAUCAUGAAACAUUAGUACGGAUUUACACUGCUUGUUCUUAUUGCCUAUUAGGUUCUUUAAAUGUUAAAAUAUACCAAUCCAAUGAGAUAAACAAAUGUAUAUCGUACGUUUAAUGUUAUAAGGAUGUAUUUGAAUAUAUAAAAAAUAUCUCUUAUCAUCAAUAAACAUUGUCAGCACAUGGUAAUUGUUCUACAAGUAAAUCUUUUUAUUCCUUUAGUACAUACUAAGCACAUGUUUGGUUUGUUUUAAAUUAUGUACAUAUUUACAUGCGUUCUUACAUUUAUUAUCAAAUAUAAUUGUGUGAAUUUGGAUGAACCAGAUGGAUAUCCAUAAUAAUUAUUAAAAAUAAUUAAAUUAACGUUAAUUAUUUGCAUAUUUAGACGAAUGUGUG